AUGCGUGACCGUCGCCCCUUGCUGAGGAAAGAUGCGGAGGCGGCCGCCACCGAGCUGAGCAUGCCGGCGGAGACGGCACAGGAGCGGUAUCAGCGCGCCAAGAAGCGUCAGGCCAAGGACACGCAGCGCGGUGUUCUUAGCUACCUCCUCUUUAUCCUUGUGUUCCUCGGCAUUCCCAUUUUCAUCGUGGCCUACUACACGCCCUUCUUUGUGCUUCAAAACCUGCGCUGCCGUCUGCAGGAGAAGUACUUGUGGUCGGACAGAACUGUGCGGGCCAUGGAGGACGGCUACACUCGCUACUUCAACGAGCCGCCGCUCUACCCGUCAAGAGAGUACAACCGCACGAUGAUGUGGGGCACCUACGAGCCGAGCCGCAUAUUUGCGGUCAAGAGCCGCUCUCUAAAGCCCGUCACUGUGGGGAUUGCGUGGUAUGACUCGGCCAUGGCGCAUCCCCUGCGCCACACGAUGCCGUAUCUGCAUAACAAGGUGAGCGCCCCGCGCACGACGCAGAAGGAGGGCAUUGACGCGGAGGUCAUGCAGGUGAAGUGGGUCGUGAACGACGGGUUGCACUACGCCAAGGAGGUUGUGGAGGACCGAGGCAACAAGGCCUCUCUGGAGAUUGAGCUGCUCAAGAGUCCGUUUGCGGAUGCCUGGCACGUGCGCAUCCACGCCCGCGUUGAAAGCGACGCGCCACUGGUUAUGGUGGUGUACAUGUCGCACGCGGACACGCAGGAGAGCAUCCAGCUGGAGGCGCCAACCGAGCACAACGACGGCGACUGGAGCCCGGUACUGAAGAGCCGCAUGCAGCCAGAAGGGGAGAGAGAGCACACCGACUUCACGCUCCGGGUCUAUGAUGACCACAGCCCUCUCCAUGAUACUGCCCCAUGGCACGUGUAUGGUCUUCACACCGACGUCGAGGCGGCCUUCCAGCGCAAGGCGGUGGACGCGCCCGGUACCACGCUAGCAGAGCGCGCUGCUGCAGGUGGCAGAGGCAUCGGCGGCGGCGUUCACGUUGACGAGCUUCAGCAGCAACAGCUGGAUCUUCGGCGGCUGCCCGAAUCUGCUUUCACGUACAUUCAGGCGAAGGACCCGCAGUCGUUUCGGACACCGCCGUCAUGGGCGUCGCACAAUGUCAUGAUUUUGCGCAAGUCGUACGACUCAAGCUUCCGCCUCGAGCUCUCCUUGAGCCCUGCUGACCAUGCCCAAGGCGAUGAGGCGCCAGGGGUGUCGACAACGAACAGGAUCGGCAACCUUGUUCCACGCUACGAGGCGCUCAGCACGUGCCAGCUGACCAACGCGCUUCGGUGGCGGUCCAAGGCGAUCGGUCUGCACUCCGCCAAGAUCUUCCGCUCAUUUCUGCGGGUGUUCAACAGCAGCAGGGGCCUCUACGAGCGCAUUGCCACCAUUACAUUGGCAGAGUUGUUCGGCUCACUGACCUUUACUAGCGGACACUACUUGCAUGUAGGUGCUGACAUGGACGACGCCUGGGACCAGCAAGGGCGGGCCGAGGAGAUGUGGGGUGACACGAAGCUGCAAACGUCGCGGCAGCGAGUCAGCGCGAUUGCUGUGGUCGGCUCGCGCACAGACGAGGCCUUUGGCCAGCCGUCUUUGACAGGUCUGCCGCUCUUGUUUCUCACACGGUGGAACAAGGAGGUGGUGAAGGACAUUCUUGCCUCAUGGCUGCUUGGCGCGCAGGACCCAGAGACGGGCUUCGUCCCCAACCGCGCUGUCUUCGGCGCUGAGACGCGCUCCUUCACCCCACGAGCGCUGCGCUACGAGCAUCCCACCUUUGCCUCCCCACCAACGUUGCUCUUUGGCCUGCAGGAGUUGCUGAAGGAGAUGAGGCGCAAGUCGGCACGACUCGCCACGGCGAAUCACCGAAAGACACGCAACACCCCGGAGUACUUUGAGCGCGAAAGGGCCGCCGACGAGGCAUUCCUGCGCGCCAUUCUGCCCGCACUGAAGCGCUGGCGCAAGUGGUGGCACUACACGCAGUGCGGAGGCGCCACGGACGAGCUGGCCCGACAGUGUCGCUCUCGCAAGCCUCUGGAGGAGUGGCCGCUUCGGCCGGCGGAGGACCAGCCGGAGAGCCUGCUGGUGUACCGCUGGCGUGGGCGAGAUGGUCAUCGACUGCCGACGAGCGGGAUGGAGGAUUAUCCGCGGCCCAUCUGCGCCGGCGAGCACCACCACGAGGCGCACGUGGACGCUUUUUCGUGGGUUGCGCUGCUGAGCACACUGAUCAGUAGGAUCGAGACCGAGUUCUUGCACGAAGCGGAGAGCGUUUCUCUUGAUUGGGAGGCUCACCUGAACGCCGUUCAUUGGGAUGCCGCAGAGAUGCGCUACAGCGACCGCAUUGGGUGCAGCAGCUGGAUGCACACUCCCUACUUUGGCUACGCAAACCUGUACCCUGUGAUGCUUGGCGUGGUAAGGCGAGACCUCACCAGGGCAGCACGCACCAUCGCGCUGGCUCAGCGGGAGCUGGAGAGCGACUACGGCCUGAUGUCCGUGUCAUUCUCAUCGGUGCGUCUCGCGCGUGAGUCGGGGCUGCCGCACCACAACAUGUGGAUGGGGUAUGUGUGGCCCUCUGCCAACCUACUUUUUCUCUACGGCCUUAAGUCUCACUACUUAGAGGCUCUGGACAGCGCCAGCGCCGCGGCCGGCAACCUGACAGAGGCGCGGCUGCGCGACUUCUACACAAGCUUGCGAGUGAACGUGAUAGAGACGAUCCACGGAGGGUCUCGCUGGUGGGAGUUCUACAGCCCCCUUGACGGGCGGGGCGAGGGAAGCAAGACGCACGUCGCAACGCGCAGCCUGCUGCUUAGCCUGCUGGACGACUUUGCGUAA